AUGAACCCUGGGCUCAUUCAACCGUAUGAACCCUGGGCUCAUUCAACCGUAUGGACCCUGGGCUCAUUCAACGGUUUCAGUGAACGGCUUGUGGCACCAGUAACGCGUGCACUUUCUCAUAUUGACACAAACGCGCAGGUCUCCCCUAAACGAUGCGGACAUACCAAGGGAAAGUCAGUCGUCUCCAGAGAAGAGGCUGUGCUGCGUAUCAAGGCCGCUUGUGAUGCAGAGGCUGUUAGAGACGAACAAGAGAUGGAACUGUUCUGCAACUCAAUACCGGGUUACAAGAUGGCGAAUCUCAUAGAGGGAGGGCUUACACCCCUGCUCUCACAGUCACGACUGGGUGAAAUCGGUUACUGCCUCGCAGCGUACCCUAUCACUCUGUUAUCGGCUGCUCUCAAGGGCAUGACUUCGUCUCUGAAGGCCAUCAAGGACGGAGGUGAUCCCAACGACCUGAGGGACCGUAGUAAGAACCCCAUUCUGACUUUUGAAGAGGUGAAAGACAUAGUGGGAUUCACAAGCUUUUAUCAGGAAGAAGUUAAGUAUGCCCCAGCUGGUACCAGCACAGAUAAAUAAACAGACAUAUUUCACACGCUAUAUGUAUGUUCCUCAGGCUCUGCUAGACUACUAGCUAACGCCGCUGAAAGGCAAAAGUAUCCUGUUAUUCGAGGAAUCAAGGCACAUCUUUCCUCUCGGAAAAAAAUCCAGUAGAGAGUGCAUAUAUAACAGAUACACUCUCACGCGUUCGUGAUGGCAUUAUCAAGUCAUAAAUAUCACUAGUUUAGAAUUAGAUCUCCCACUCACCCAGUCUCCCACACUCCGCUCUUUUAAAAAGUCUUCAACCGUGAGGUUUGCACUGUGCUGAGUGCUGUGAGUCUGUGAC